AUGGCUACUGCGGUAAUGAGAAAAACCCUAAAAUCAGUAAACCCAUUUUUUCUCAGAAUCCUAACGUCUCAAAACUGCUUCCUCGGCUCCCUCGCCACUGCCGGAGAACCCGAACCCGACGGCCCGUCUUCGUCCUCCUUCUCCUUCUCAUCCGACGUUGGACUUCAAGAUGGUCAGAAAAAGAAUGAUAAUAUCUACGUUAAAGCCCACGAAAAGACGCCGUCAUCAUCAGUGACCAUGCCCAUGGCGUUCAUGACUGGAUCGAUCGUAGGCAAAAGGUUCUACAAGCAAGUGACUACUAGAGAGGCCGACGAUGGUAACGGUUGGUCUGUCAUGCUAGAUUAUAAAACCUUAAAGACCCCUUCGAAAAGGCCUCUCAAGUGUCCUACUUUAGCUCUUGCUAAGGCUAUUGCAGCUGAAUGGGAGUACCAGCAAAUAGAUGGAAUCAGACCAUUUACAAUGCCUCUGAUGAAACUUGCUUGUACUGCUUUGGAAAGAGUUCCACUCACUCGUCCAAAAAUAAUUGAGCAUCUUAUGAAGAAGUUUCAUCAAGAUUUAGUAUUCUGCCGUGCUCCAGGAGAUAAUGACUGGACAAGGGGUGUCCUUGAACGGCAAGUGGAGAAAGUUGAUCCUAUACUUGAUUGGGUACAAUCAGAAUUCGGCUACAAACCUGUUGUUUACUCCAGUUUCUUUGGUGGCAAGCAGGCGGAUGGUCUUGUAAAUGCCGUAGAAAGCCUUCUUAAAAAGACUGAUGAUUGUGAACUGGCAGCAAUUGAUGCAAUUGCGGCAGCUGCACAUUCUUUA